CCGUUUGUUCCCUCUCUUUCUCCACGUCGAGAGCACAUUUUCCCUUUUCACUUUCCUUUCUAUUUUCCAGGAAAACUCUCUCUUUGGCUGUCUCUCCUUCUAUCUGCACUGUAAAUUGGUCAUCUUAGCUUCAGCUUGAAGUUGCUCGAUCUGGAAAACACCUUCUCUCUCCCUCCCUAUAGAUAUAUACAUAUAUUUAUACAUAAACACGUGUACGUAGAUUCAUAAAAUCUCAUGUUAUAGAAAUUGGACGUGAAUAGUUAGUUGAUCGAGAGGAUCUUAUUUUCUUUUCCACUUUCAUUGAUUUUUGGUCAAUUUUUUCUGUUUUUAAGGAAUCUGUGAUAGAAUCAGAUUUUGGGAAUUUUUUGCUUAUGUUUUGAGAGGGAGAAAGAUGUCGAAUUUACAAAGCAAUUUCAAUCAGAAAAUCGACUAUGUGUUCAAAGUAGUACUUAUCGGCGACUCUGCGGUGGGAAAAUCGCAGCUACUGGCUCGAUUCUCGAGGAACGAGUUCACCAUCGAAUCGAAAGCGACGAUUGGCGUCGAGUUCCAAACCAGGACUCUCGUCAUCGAUCACAAGACCGUCAAGGCUCAGAUUUGGGAUACCGCGGGUCAAGAAAGGUACCGGGCAGUGACAAGUGCAUAUUACAGAGGAGCAGUAGGGGCAAUGCUGGUCUAUGACAUAACCAAACGCCAGUCAUUUGAUCAUAUAGCAAGAUGGUUGGAGGAGUUGAGGGGGCAUGCGGACAAAAACAUUGUCAUCAUGCUUAUAGGCAACAAGUCUGAUCUGGGGACUCUUCGUGCUGUACCCACUGAGGAUGCCAAAGAAUUCGCACAAAGGGAAAGCCUCUUCUUCAUGGAGACGUCAGCUCUUGAUGCCACCAAUGUGGAACCAGCUUUUCUCACAAUCCUGACAGAGAUUUAUCGAAUUGUCAGCAAGAAGCCCCUUACUGCCAAUGAUGAUGAGACUCUGGAGGGAGUUCAUCACUUC